CCUCCUCUGGCUCUGUUGACUAUUGAUAUGUCUAAUUCUUCUAGUUCGUCUCUCCUUAUAUAUCCUAUCCAUUACUCCCAGUAACCCUGCCUGGUUAUCCGAAGGGUUUCGACUUGUGGAGCUCAGAUCAUCCAGCCAUGCAGUCUCCGACGCAGGAGCAGUCAAGGCUCCUCCAACGCCAAGUCAUCUCCGGCAAACAAUUCCUGCCGCCGGCCAAAACACGAUGGCCAGGGUGUUCAGACAACCUUCUCCGCCCUCUAAGCUCGCCAACUACCUCCCACCGGCACCACCCUGAUCUUCAACGCUGUCCUCCCUACCAUCUACAAAGGUGCCAGUGCUCUUCCUUGAGCACCGUCAUGAUGAAAGUCGUCCUCGGCCUGUGCACCACCAUUUGCUUCUUCACUCAGUUUCACCGACAGCUUCCAAGGCCGCGAAGGCAACUCGUCUAUGGAUUCGUGCUUCCAAAUGGACUCAAAGUUUUCAAGCCUGACCCUGACGUGCAGGUCCCCAAGGAUGACAAGUACAGGCUGGAGUUCGCCGACUUCGUGCAUGCGGUGUUGUCCGUCGUGGUGUUCCUCGCCAUAGCUUUCUCCGAUCAAAGAGUUAUUGACUGUUUGUUUCCUCGUAAAGCCGAUGACGUGCAUAACGUGAUGGAUACUUUGUCUUAAUUGUGGGAUUUGCUUGUUCUUCUUUAUUUCUUCUCUUCCCCAUCACCAGGCGCGGAUUCGUCCCAACCUGAACCAAACUAAAUAAGCAUUAUUCUUGUUGAA